AUGGGGUUUCUACCGAAAGGGAUGCCAAUACCGCCCUCCGCUCCUUCCAGGCAGCACAACAGCAUUGGCCCUCAGAGCACCGCCGCCGGCAGCGGCGGCGGCGGCUGA